AUGAACCACCGAAGCAAAGGCCAACUCAUGUGCCGACUCGAAGGAUGUCCGCACGAAGUCCUCUUCAAGACCGUCGACUCAGGAGGAGGCUCAGGAGGAGGCUACGUCGACCCUCUUGAGCGCCGGGCCAGUAUCAUCAGAGAUAGAAAUGGCCACACUCUGCAGGGCAGAGGAUCGCCGGCUGGAGCUGGAGCUGCGGGUGGAGGAGGAGAUGACGAGACUUGUACGCAGCUGAAGCCGUCGCAUGAUGCUGUUUGUGCUUAUCACGCGAGAUGUCCCGUUCCCGAAUGCAGCCAGGCGAGACUUCAGUAUUUGGAUCCAGCCUACGAAUCGAGACAUGGUGAUUCUCUGCCGGUGUACCAGAGGUGGGAGUACUGUGCUGAUCGGUACCUCCCUCCAAAGACAAGUGCACUAUUCGAAGGUGUCCUCGUCGAAAACCAUCGGCCAAGGCUAGCUAUUGCAAGGAACAAAAGUGCUGACAAGCGAGUGUCUAUGAAGAUGGAUGUCGUGCCGAUGGAUGUAAGAAACUGGUUCUUGAGAAACAGAUUUGCUGUGAAGAGCUUAAGCCAACCCACUGACAAACACUAUCUGAAAGACAUCAAAUGUGACAUCAGUAAUUGCAACAGAGCAAGGCAUAAUGUCGCCGACACGAAGGAGUACCUCAGGUUCUGCGUCGAUCAUGCGACUUGCGCGGUAAACCGUUGCAAAGACAUGAAGAUCGAGCAAUCGCUUUACUGCGCAAAUCAUACAUGUAGGGAGAGGGGCUGUAGCAAAAGUAGCCAGUCGAAGCCGUUUUGCAGUGAGCACUGCUGCGCGGAGGUCAACUGUCGAUAUCCAAAACCUUGGGCAGCUAGUCCAAACCCAAGGGGAAAAUUCUGCCCGUUGCACACUUGUCGUGCCCAAGAUUGUCCCGAGUUCGUCGACCGCUUAGCCAUCUUUUGCAGGACUCAUGGUUGCUCAAAACCCAAAUGCCACGAAAAAGUUAUCGUCGAGGGCUUCUGUCUCGAUCACCUCAAAGCCCACUACAUCACCCAAGGCGAACUCAAAGCCCGCGGCGGAUCCUCCUCCUCUCCCAAAGACUCACCCACAUCCACCACCGGCCAACCAACCACCAUGACGACCCGCCCAAACCCGGCACAACCCCCCACCUUCCCCCGCCGCCUCUCCCAACAAUCCCUCACCUCCAUCCGUCCCGGUCCGGGCCAGCGCGCAAAUUCCAUCCUCCUCCACAACGGUCACGCCCACGAAAUCCUCAUUCCCCCUGACGAACACCCUGACGAGUUGCUCGACCAUUCUCGUGAUGACCCUCUCCGGUUCCAGCUCAACCAAGUCGUCGCCCGGCAACACGCCCGUCAGGCUUAUCAGGCUCACGUCGACGAUCCUGAUCCCGACCUGGACAAUGACGACAACGAAGAUAACGACGACGACGACGACGACGACUUAAAUGACCACCACCUCCCCCCCAAUCUCAAUCCCAGCAGCCUCAAUAGCCAUCUAAGCCACGUCAGCCAUCAUACCAACCAGAGCCAUCGAAGCUAUCGCAGUCUACACAAUGAUAUCCAUAAUAAAGAACCAGGAGGAGGAAGUGGUAGUGGUAGAAGUUCCCUAUCUAGUGAAGCCGUGUCUGCUCUCUCUGAUAAUGAGAAUAUCGGCGCAGCAAGGAUAGUGAAUGGUUCUCUGGUUAACGGUAAUGGUAACGGUGGUGCUGAAAGCCCGGGAGAUCCGCCUGAAUAUAGCAAGGUUGCUGCUCCUGGUUCGAUUGUGAGUGUUGGACAGGGACAGGGACAGGCACAGGGACAAGGGCAAGGGCAAGGGCACGGGGAAGGAGGAGAGACGAAGACUGGGGGCGGAAGUAGAAGAGAGGAGAGGGAGAGGGAGAGGAACAGGAGGAAGGUGCUGGAGAGGGAUGGUGGGACUGGGACUGGAGGAGGUGUUGGGAUGCCGGGGAGUUUUGUUGGGGGAGGGGACGGAAAAGGGGAGGAUAGUGAUGGGUGGUGA